AUGUCGGACAUCAUGCCCUCUGGAGACCUCGGUGAAGGAGAGAAGCCAACCGGGGAGAUGAUCUUUACAGACUUCGUAAAGAAGGUGAACGAGAUGUUCGGCGAGGCGGUCGAAGGCUUCCGCGUGCUCGACGACGAGGAUGCCGCUCUCACCCAGUACCUGCAGGAGGACCUCGCCAAGCAGCAGGAGAAGGGAAGGCAGCUACGCGCCCAGAUCGAGAAGGCUCAGUACUCCAUCAAACAGUUCAUGCGCGCCCUCCCGACAAGCCCCGUCAUCGAAGAGUAG